AUGACCCCUAGCACUUUAUCAAAUCUAACGGACGCCGAGAAGUCGGCCAUUUUAUCGAAAAUAAACGACGAGGUUUACCAGAAGCUCAUCCCAACCAUCUCGAUAUGCGCCUCGUUCUCGAUCAUCGGGACCAUCGGGAAUUCCCUCUCGGUCUACCUCUUCGCUUCGCGGAUGAAGCGCAACUUCCAGAACAAUCUCUUCAUCCUCGUCUGCUCGGUCAACCUGAUGGCCUGCGCAGUGUGCAUCACGGCCGACAUGGCGGACCUGCGGUACAUGUACAUGUACCCGUCCGUCGUCGCCUGCAAGGUGACGCGCUUCUGCAACAUGUUCACCAUCGUGGGCUCGGUGCUGGCGCUCGGCACCCUGACGGUGUAUCGUCUGCGGGCCGCCACUUCCGCCCGGAUGACGUCGACGACCAGUGGCACCAGUCUGAGAGGGAUAGCCGCCAUUUUGAUUUGCAGUGUGGGCGUCGCCUGGUUAGAUACCCCUACAGGUCCUGUCGUGUUUGGAAUGAAGGCCACGCCCACAAGAGUCCCGGGGGUCGUGGGCCGGGACUGUUCUAUCGGCGACGACGUGGCUCACACCGGGUGGCAGCUGGGGUUCUACAUCUUCCUGGGCGCGGCCUUCAUCGCCCUCGUCCUCACCGUCAUCAUCUGCUACUACCGCAUCUGGCGCAUCGUCAAGGUCAGCCGGAUGGCGGUGGCCGCCCACACCACGGCCAACACCCACACCACCCUCAACAACACCGUGGCUGAGCUACGUGACGUCAUACACACCAUCCACGAGCAUUCCGAUCACGAGGUGUUGUCAUUGGAUAUUCCCGGAAGCAGCAACGAAGCCGGAAAUUCGGAUGUUUACAAACAAAUCGAUCCGAUACAACCGGCCGCAACGAAAUCGAUCAUCGAGCCGUUGAUCUCAUCGAACCACGUCCUGGACUUUCCGAUUCUCGCUCCCUUAGAGACGCCAAUGUUUGAGACGCUGGAGCAAAACCAAAGCAGAACGUCGGGUGUGGAAUCGUUGCCAGAGAUUCACGCAGUCCCGUCCUUCGAUACCCAGGAAAGAUUUGACAACACGGAGCAGAUCUAUCACCAGCCGUCACAAUGUGAAGCGUCGGAUUUACAUGUUGUUUGUGGAGAGAGCAGCUCUAAAGAAACUCUUCUAAACGGAAACAUCAAAGCUGUAUCGGAAACGGCGCGACAGGAACUCGAGCUUCCGCAGAAAGUCUCAAAGAUUGUGGAAGUUGUAGAAGUCUGUGUAGAACACAACCACACACUUGUAGAUAGCAACACACUACCCGUGUCAGCUUCGAGUCAACAUCCGGUCAACGUAAACAAUAACACAAACAACCUAAGUCAUAUUUCCUUAAAGUCAACUUUUAACUUUUCUCAGCUCCAAGUUCAACAAGACAUAGAAACUCAGCCUCUGCACAACGCUAUAAUCUCAGACGGUUCUAAAACCACAGACGCCGGUACCAGACAGGUUCCAAAAGAACUCAGACGAGAGCCGAGCAUGCUGUCCAGAGCCACGUCUGUCCGCUCCAUGGUCAAAGUCAAAAACCAAAAGACGACGCUAGAGAGCGCCAUCACCCGCACGGCAUUUCUCCUGACCUUCACCUUCAUCGUGUCGUACGUGCCGUUUUUCGUGGCGAGCAUGCUGAGCCUGCUCAUCAUUGACUUUGACUACAGCGAGAACGCCUUCACGCUGAACGCCCUCAACAUGGCGUACAGACUCUACUUCAUCAACCCAACCAUCAGUCCCUUCAUCAUCUGGGCAUCGAAUCUAGACUUCCGGCGGAAGUUGCGGUCCCUGUGUUGUAGAGAUGGAGUUGACUCCAACCGGUAG